GCAGCAUUUGCGGAAUACAUGCAUUGUAUACCUCGUCAACCCUCUCAAAUUUCUGAAUUGGAUACUCAAUCUAAUGUUUGUUUAUAUUGUAAAUAAAAUAUGAGAAUUAGCUUUAGUAAAUCGUUAUGACUUAAGUGGUAUCGCCUUACAAACAUCAAAUGUACAGGUAGUAGGUUGUGUAAAAAAUGAAUUGGUUACAGAAACUGUUUAUGCUUUUUGCUUUUUUAAAUCUAUUUUCCUUAUCGCCUGCACAAACCGACUCGUUUGAUGAGGAAUUGAUGCUAAAGCCUUUAUCAAAUGGUUAUGUUUACGCUUAUUUUCAAUUUACAACUCUUUGGGAAGCACAAAAUAAUGUAAAUACAUUAAAACACACCCACCUCUUUCCUAGAGGACUUGCAGAAAUCAUUGGCAGGCACCAUGUAGACGAAUUGCAUGUCAGUUUAACGGAAGGCCUUUGGAAGUACGAAAAAUAUGGAUAUCCAUUUUACAGCGCUGGUCCUGGCGCUGAAAUAUCUGCUUGGUUUAACAGGCAGGUCACAGAUGUUGACAGGGAGUGGAAGGGUCUGACAAAUGCAUUGUCAGGACUGCUUUGUGCUUCCCUAAACUUUGUUGAUUCCUCAAAUAGUCUUUCACCGGAAUUCUCAUUCAGACAUACCGGAGCGACUCAAGUUGCACACUCACAUAAUUCUAGUCACUUAAGGUAUUCAUCAUUACCAAGAGAGACUGCUUGUACAGAGAAUUUAACUCCGUUUAAGAAACUUUUACCAUGCGAUUCAAGAAAAGGACUUGCCACGUUACUCAAUUCAGCAUUCAUUCACAAUACAAAUUACCAUUCUAUAGGCAUUCACUUUAGGUCUGUAUGCAGAAAUCCAGAGUGUACAUAUUUAUCCAUGGAGCUCAAACAAACUGUGUCUUUAGUCUAUGAUACCGUGGAAUAUCCUCAAGAAAACUGGUCAACUAGAAAAUUAUUUGGCAUAGGUUUGAGAGGUGCUUGUCCACUGGCCACAUUAAGUAACAUAUACGUUGAUAUUAGCAGUAAUGGCAGUGCUCGCCACUUUGAAUUGUCACCUCCACCAAAUAUGACCACUGUUAGUUUAAGAGGGGGACAGGAAGAUAAGUAUGCAAUUUAUAAUGUGAGAACUUACUCAGCUGAUGGAGCAUUUAGUAUAGCCGCGGUUCAUAAACCAACAAAAACUUCUGGUGUCAAUUAUCCAACCAUUUUAUACGCCCAUAGGUAUAUCAACGGAUAUGGCCAAGAAAAGGGUUCCCUCGUGACAAAGUUGUACAAUAAUCACUGGCAGCCAUUGGACGUUGUAUUUUUGGAAAACGUGCCAUGGUAUCUUCCACUUUAUUUACAUUCCAUGAAAAUAACUCGCCAUAAUGUAGACAUAAAACCAAUGGCCCAAAGAUAUAUUCCUGGAAAGGAAAGAAAGCAGCCUUAUUACUUGGAAAUCGUACUACGUUUGCCACCCCGUUCGGUGACAAAGUUCUCGGUCGACGUGGACUACAUGUUUUUGAAAUGGCAGGAGUAUCCACCUGACGCGAAUCACGGUUUUUACAUGGGCCCCGCAAUAGUCACGGCGAUGCUUCCCGUGGCUAGGAAUUACACGGCGUUGCCACAGGAUGGCAGUACAAUAACGUCCAUAUUCAACGCAACGAGGUCCGGUUACCUGGUGCAACUGCGCACCGAGCCUCUGCUGAUAAGCCUACCAACGCCGGACUUCAGUAUGCCCUACAACGUCAUAUGUCUGGCAUGCACCGCCGUUGCGUUGGCAUUUGGUCCACUUCAUAAUAUUUCAACGAAAAAACUCGUUCUCAAACGCAUCGAGAAAAAAGGCUAUUUACACACUCUGCUGACUCGUCUUAAAAAACUAAUCGGCACCAAGGAAAAGACUGCCUAACGUAUGGAUUAC